AAUAAGAAUAUUCGCAGUCUUUAGGCGUGCAUUUGAGAGACAAAGGUCAUGUUAGUAGUCAAAACUAGUCAAAAUAAUAGCCAUUAUAGUCACAAAUUACAAAUUUUAAAUAUUUUAUCAAAAUAUAAAUUUAAGGGUAAUCUACAAGCGAUAAUCUAAAUUCAUUUUUAAAAUAAUAUUGACACUGUACCGUAAAUUUAACUACUAUUUAGGUAGGUAUCUAAAUAUUAUUAUUUUUAUUCUUGAACAAUGUUUUUGUUUUUUCAAACACAUUUACUUGUAGGUAUUUAUUAAAACUCAACUGACGACCAGUUUAGAAACGACUCCUAAUCGUUGGUUAAUACUAGUACACUGGGCGCAAUAAUUCGUGUACCUACCUAUAAUAUAUAGAGCAGCUGAAUACUGUUAAAACUUCGGGCGCAACUCUUGGUUAACGUUUUGGGGUUUUCCGUUCUCAGGAUGUCUUUCGAGGAUUUCGCCAGGCAUUUCACGCAGCUGGACAUCGUGCACGUCAGCCCGGACGACUGGAUGACCGAACCGGCGUUGCAUUCGAAGCAGCCGUGGCGGGCAGUGCUGGCGAGGAGACGGUGGAGGAGCGGAUAUAACGCAGGCGGUGGUCCCGGACACCCGGAAACGACGGCCAUGAAUCCCCAGUUACACAUCGGCAUACCCAGGACUUCGGGCAACAAGUGCCACGUGGUCGUGUCCGUCGUGCAGCAAUACGAAACCGAUCCGGAAGCCAAAGGGGCACGGCCCUUGUUCGCUAUUGGUUUUGCGGUCUACGAAGUGCCUCAUUCUACUUCCAGGUUGACACCGCUGUUCGUGGCACAACAGCAACCGCUGGAUGUGACCAACCAUUCCGUGGCGAGAGAAGUGGUGACGUUCUUCACGUUACCUCCUGGCGAUUACAUUGUCGUCCGGCAAACGAACGUGACCAACUGCGACGCCAAGUUUUUACUGCGAAUAUUGACAGACGAACAGAGUAACAUAUGGGAGGUGAACGACGAUAACAUGGUGUUCAAAAAUAUCUCCGCCGAGUUUCUGGAAGACACUGUGAUAUUACCGGACGGAAAGCCACUCUUGACUAAGCUCAUGGUCAAAUAUCCCCCGGAACUGGACGUGACCCAGUUGCAAAAGAUUCUGCGUGCGCACUGGAAGGCGUAUCUGGCGGAGAAACCCAGUCUGGAGCUCUGCAAGAGCCUGAUAAUGUUGAGAGACGUCAACAUUAGUGGUCGUAUCAACAUGCUGGACAUACCCGUGCUGAUGCACAUGUUGCAGUUCUGGAAGAUAGCGUUCCAAAAGUUCGAAAAGGGUGUGAACCCCACAAAGACGUCCAGCUACAACCUUAGACCUCUGCUUUGGGAAGCCGGCAGCACUGUCAGCAACAAAGUGCUCGAAUGUCUGGUACUGAGAUUUGCCAAGAGUCGAGUCCUGACUUCGGAGUGUUUCAUAAUGGCCAUGGUCCGACUGCACUUGGCUCAUGAACGGUAUCACAGCUUAGACACGAAAAUGAGCAAGGGCAACCCAUUGUCGUUAGAAGAGUUGAUCUUGAUGACUAUCUACUCAUGAUUUCGGGCCCAUCGACACGUACCAAAGAUGAAAGAUAGUGCCAGUCAUUAAGUGAUAUUAUAUUACGUUAAAGCCACAUGAUACGUCCAACCCGUACGGUUCUAAUUAUUAUUAUUAUAUUAUUAUUAUUAUUAUUAUUAUUAUUAUUAUUAUUAUAAUCAUAAAUAUUUUUGAUUUCUAGUUUUUAUAUAAUCAUAAUCAAAUCAGGCAUUAUAACACGUAGUAAUUUUUAAUAUAGGUAUUCCACCUGUUUCAUAUAUUAUCUUAUAAUGUAUAUUUGUUAUUUUAUUUAAACAAUGUUUGUACGCGUAAUCGAAUCGAUAACCCCAAACUGCUGGCCAAAGCAAAUAAUUUAUUUUUGUAAUUAUUUUUAGUAUAAUAAACUUUGUUAUGUUAUUUUAUUCCAAAUAUUGUUGUGUUAUAAAAAUAUUUAAUUUGUGAACGAUCAAUGUAUCUAUACGUAGUAUACUAAAAUAGGAAAUAAAUAGUCAAGCAACGGAGAAAUAAGAGACUACAAAGAAUUCACCGUAGUUAAAAAAAUGCAUUUAUUUUUCAAUUUCUACUUUCUAAUAUCCAACG